AUGACAACAGCACAUAGACCUACGUAUAGACCAGCAAUAGGUGGAAGUGAAUAAGGUGGAAAUAAAAUGUUAGUCCAUUCAAGAUCUUAUCAUUCUAAAGAUUUACCUGCUUAUUUAAUAUUGAAAAUGAGAUAACCUGGGUAAGGAACAUAGGAGGAAUUGCAAUAAAAGGAUUUUAAAAUGGAUUUAUUAAAAAGAGAAGAAGAAGGAAGAAGAUAAAGAGAAUUAAAAGCAUUAGGUGUUUCUGAAACUUCAUUAGCUAUAGAAGCAACUUAAAAAAGUAGAAACAUUCUUUUUAAAUUAUUAAUUAGAUUAAAAUAAAGAUGUUUAAGAACCUAUGUUAUUAAAAAAAACUAAAUUAGAAGAAAAAGAAGUAUAUCCAUAAGAUGCUGAUGAUAAAGAAUUCAUUAAAUNCUGA